GGCAUGGAUCGGAGAUGUGCCUUUCGGCCUUCGAUCAAGACUUUGGCGAUCAACAGGCAGACGCCAACGCUUUGCAGGGAUACCAGAACCGACCAGUCAACGAUCCAUUCUCCAACACAUACAACGCAGGGUGGCGAAACCAUCCUAAUUUCUCUUGGGCUAACAACAACAACGUUCAACAGCCCCGACAAAACUUCGCUCAACAACAACCUCGGCCCAAUUAUGUUCCUCAACAGCAAAUGAGGCUGAAUUACCCACAACAACAGUUUCAACAACAACAAAGGGGACCAAUUACCGGGAUGCAAAACCAGGAGACAGGACAAGGUUCGUCUUACCAAGACGAUAG